AUGGCUGCCUACCGGUCCGGGCACCUUGUCUGGGAUAAAGAGAAGGUCACUUACUGGGCACACGGAAAAAUGGUUGGCGGUCCCAAGAAGAUGGAAAUGGAAGAGUUUUACGCUCUUAGUAGGCAGCUUGGCCCAGCGGGUAUUUGGGUAGAAGGAAUGGACGACUACAAACCAGAACCGAUGUAUCUGUUCUUCUACAUGCCCCCGCUCCAGAGAGGGUACGCCAUGCAUGAGUUUAUCGUAUCGAUCCGAAAUCCUAACACAUGGCAAAAAAACACAUGGCAACAUACCGUACACCUCAAUGUUAUAGAGGAUACUGGUGCUAUAGCAAUGAAGAUCCACCAGUCCGAUAGACUGUACAUUGAACGACUGAGUGGCGCCGGUCUGCCUGUCACUGGUACAACAAGAAUGGGUACAGCGGCUGGUGAGGUCCCGGUAGAUAAUGUGGUAUUGCAAGUCAACAUCUUCCACAAUGAUCAGCCACUCCUCCCCCGAUGGACUGAUAUUCGAGCCUGUAUAAGCCGUGGGCCCCGCAAUGCUUCUACGGGUUUGCGGCUAUCUGGUCUCUGGCUACACCAUAUGCUAUAUUGUUUGAGUGUGCCUAAUAACUCUGAAGCUAUCAUACGCAAUACCGCCAUGCACUGA